GGUGCUCUUCCGCAUGAGCGCCGCCGGGGCCCCGGCCGCGCCUAUCCGCCCCGCGGGGAUCGGGGCCCCGGAGGCGGGGAUGCCAUGCAAGCGGGGGCGGGAAUGCCAUGCAAGCGGGGGUCGGUCACGGCGCUGGAGCUUGCAGGUUACGCACCUGCUGUGCGCGGCGUUCAUUUGGCUGACGGAGCCGCGGCACCGCUGGGGCGGCCACGCGGCGCCCGCGGCGGAGCCCCGGGGCGGAGCCCCGCCCGCGGCGCCCGAGCUGCCCGCGCGGGGGGCCCCGGCGGCCCCGGAGCUGCCCGGGCCCCAGCAGGAGCGCCCGAGGCCCAGCAGGGCGCCGGCGGACGUGCGCGUGUUGAGGCGGAAGCUCUUGGCCGCGGAGCAGCAGGUCGCUUGCGGGUACGCCGUGGCCGCGUACCUCGCGCUGGA